ACUCAGACCCUCAGUCAUGCUAGUGCCUGCUCUGUGCCUGCUGUGGGCCCUGGCAAUGGUGAUCCAGCCUGCCUCAGCGGCCCCCGUGGGCAGCCCAGAACUGGCAGAGCAUGAGGAGCUGACCCUGCUCUUCCACGGGACCCUGCAGCUGGGCCAGGCCCUCAAUGGUGUGUACAAGACCACGGAGGGACGGCUGACAAAGGCCAGGAACAGCCUGGGUCUCUAUGGCCGCACAGUGGAACUCCUGGGGCAGGAGGUCAGCCGGGGCCGGGAUGCAGCCCAGGAACUUCGGGCAAGCCUGUUGGAGACUCAGAUGGAGGAGGAUAUUCUGCAGCUGAAGGCAGAGGCCAUAGCCGAGGUGCUGGAGGAGGUGGCCCAGGCACAGAAGGUGCUACAGGACAGCGUGCGGCGGCUAGAAGUCCAGCUGAGGAGCGCCUGGCUGGGCCCUGCCUACCAAGAAUUUGAGGUCUUAAAGGCUCACGCUGACAAGCAGAGCCACAUCCUGUGGGCCCUCACAGGCCACGUGCAGCGGCAGAGGCGGGAGAUGGUGGCACAGCAGCAUCGGCUGCGACAGAUCCAGGAGAGAAUCCACAAAGCGGCGCUCCCAGCCUGAAUCUGCCUGGAUGGAACUGAGGACCAACCAUGCUGCAAGGAACACUUCCACGCCCCAUGAGGCCCCUGAACAGGGAGGAGCUGCCUGUUCACUGGGAUCAGCCAGGGCGCCCGGCCCCACUUCUGAGCACAGAGCAGAGACAGACGCAGGCAGGGACAAAGGCAGAGGACGUAGCCCCAUUGGGGAGGGGUGGAGGAAGGAUGUGUACCCUUUCAUACCUACACACCCCCCUUAUUAAAGCAGAGUCGUGGCAUCUCA